CCCCCCACCACCACUCAACUUCUUCCUCCCGUUUCCCAUCUCUCUCCGUAUCAAAACAUUCAUCAACCACAACAACAAAUCAAUUUAUCUUCGCCCUCGCACGCUUUUGGAAGCAUCAGUCCUUCGUGACCUAGAUUUAUCAACUUUCAACUUUUCAACCCCAAAACAUCAAUCAAAAUGACUGGAGGCGGCAAGUCCGGCGGCAAGGCCAGCGGUUCCAAGAACGCGCAAUCACGAUCUUCCAAGGCCGGUUUGGCUUUCCCCGUCGGUCGUGUUCACCGUCUUCUCCGCAAGGGUAACUACGCCCAACGUGUCGGUGCCGGUGCUCCCGUCUACCUCGCUGCCGUUCUUGAGUACCUCGCUGCCGAGAUUCUCGAGCUGGCUGGUAAUGCCGCCCGUGACAACAAGAAGACCCGUAUCAUUCCCCGACAUUUGCAACUCGCCAUCCGAAACGAUGAGGAGUUGAACAAGCUUCUCGGCCACGUCACCAUCGCCCAGGGCGGUGUUCUACCCAACAUCCACCAGAACCUGCUCCCCAAGAAGACGGGCAAGCCUGGCAAGAACGCCAGUCAAAGCCAAGAAUUGUAAUUUGGCAUCGUUUUCUGUUUUCUGAUUGGUCGUUUGGGACGUUUCAUGAACCACGGGGUCACGGCAGGGCACGGUUUUGCUUUCACGCGUUAGGGCUGUACAUUACAGGCAUAAUCCAUCGAGUAAUGGACAUGAAUGAGAAUAUUUUCUGAACAAUAAUACCUGAGUCUUUAAUGCAUCGUAAACUUCGAAUCUA